UAGGUGCUUCUAUCAGAGACGCGCGUGUUUGGCAUAAACGUUAAAACUGAGUCUUCGUCUUUCUGACAAGUACAAAUCUUCGACUGCGCUUAGGGCUUUUCGAAAUGCCAAGCGACACUGAAGAGGCUUCGCAGCCCACCGUUAAUGGUGACAAUGUACGAGCUCUCUGCGAUGUCGUCCGAGAGUUGCCCAUUUGCGCCGUGAUAGACUUAUUGUCCAUAGGGGUAUGCACCAGAUGCAUUUUGCGAUUAUUUGGGAUCAGAGAGCAUGUUUAUUAUCGUUCUUCACUAUCACCGUCAAUGUUGAGUUCAGUUCUUGGAGAUUCAACAUGUUCGGAGAAACAUAUGGUGGAUGGUAAUUUCAGAGAACCGGUAGUUUGUAGCAUUUGUUUGGGGAUCUUGCAGUUUACUUAUUAUGAGGAUAAGAAGUUGGUGACGGAAAAGGAGAGCGCUAAUGAGUUGGCUGUUUCCAUUUCCAGUCUGAUUAGGCAACAGGGCUUUGAGAUUGACAGCUUUUCUCUUGAAGUGUCUAUACCUCCAAUUGUCCUGGAAAACGAUCACACUGUUUGGUUGUAUAUGAAAAGAAAGUAUGAAUCUGAACUUUGGUUCCAAGGAAAAUCAAUUUCUGAAUGCAUUUCUGCAAAGGAUGCUCUAAAAAUUUCUCUUAUGGAAUCCCUUGAAACAAUGUUGGGUUGCAAAUCCAACAUAAGCGCUUUCCGCAUCCGUUUGACAUACACUCACUGUAUAUCAUCAAAAACAGUUGAGAAUUCUGUAGAGGGGUGCCACGGAGGUAAAAGAAGAAAAACAGGCGCAGGAAAUGGUUUGAACACAAUUGAUGAUGACAUCAAAUGCUCUGGCCUACCAAUUGAAGCUGGUGCAGUUGUUGAAAGGUCGUUUGUGAGUUUGCAAGCUAAUGAAUCGUCUGAGUGCCUGAAGUUACUGCUAGGGCAGUCCAAUGAACCUUGCUGUUUGGAGUUUCUCUGCUACAGGACGCAAAUCUACGUUGGUGGGAGAUACCUGAAGUACUCAAGAAAUGUGAGUCAAACCUGUUGGAUUAUUGAUGAUGAGAGAAUGGGAGAAGCAUCUGUCGAGGAGAUACUAGGUAGCAACGUUCUUCCUCUAUGUCGUGGUGAUAACUAUAAGUUUCAUGCUGCUGGCAGAGAAGAUAUAGAUGUUCGGAUGUUGGGUUCUGGAAGGCCUUUCCUCCUUGAAAUACAAAAUGCACGCUAUAUCCCAUCUGAAGAGUCUGUAAAUUUUUUGGAAACAAAGAUAAAUAACUUGGAAAAGAAACUGGUAGGUGUGAAAAAUCUGAAACUGGUGGGCAGUCAGUCGUGGGAACUGAUGCGUGAAGGAGAAGCAGAGAAACAGAAGCAAUACACUGCACUAGUGUGGAUUUCUCGUCCUCUCAAGGAUGAAGACUUGCAGUCUAUAUCUUCACUUGAAGACAUGCAUAUUCUGCAGAGGACUCCAAUCAGGGUGCUGCAUCGCCGAAGUCCAUUAGAACGUGAAAAGAUCAUACAUUGGAUGAGAAUCGAGAGGAUUGUUGGAAGUUCUCAGUAUUUUCUUCUGCAUCUAUGUACACAGGCUGGAACAUAUAUCAAGGAAUUCAUUCAUGGGGACCUCGGACGCACCCAACCUAGCGUUGGAUCAAUUCUUACUUGUAGAGCAGAGAUACUGCGGCUUGAUGUAACAGAUGUGAAAAUGGAAUGUUUUCUCACUGAAUGAGGACCAUUACUUUGUACAACUACUCAGCUGAAGCUGCAGCAUUGGGGGAAUUCAUAUACUGUUCAGACUAAAUGACGCAGCAGAUUGAUCAGCGAGAGUUUAGAAUGUAGAUGUUUCUGUUUUCCAGAGGCUCUCAUCUAUGGCCGGCCUGCACUUUCAUGUUUUUUAUGUUGAUUUUUAUUUGAAGAUACAAGUACAUUUUCCUUUUGCUUGAUGUACUGAUCUUUUUAAGUUA